AUGUACAACAAGGACAAGAUCAUGCGGAAGCUCCUUGGUAAGGCCGCCGUCGAGUCGUCGCCCUCGUCGUCGAUCCCAGACAACUCCUCGAACCUAGGCGUCACUUCUGCACCCUUCACACCUGCAGCUACCCUACGACCAAGUGUAUCGCAAGAUGCAGCAUACAACGCCGGUGUGCCGAUCGAUUGCAUCGAUCGAUCCCCCGACGGCCACAGCGCCAUUCUUGCAGGCAGGCACAUCCUCAAGACCGUCAAGCUCGAUGGAAACACAGUCCAAGAGGGCAUCGACAUACGCGCUGCCAUCCUCGCACAACCCUUCAUGAAGAACUCGGUGAAUUCGAGCUCCGACCAACUCUCUAUCAAGGACGUCAAGUGGCUACGCGGGCGAGGCGACACCACCAUCUUCACCGCGUGCGCCAGUGGCAAGAUCUUCCAGUAUGACUUGACGCGCUUGGGCGGCGGUUCUGAUGGGGCACCGAUGGAGGUCGUACAGAUGAGAGAGGAUUCGCGACAGAUCAACACUCUCGACAUCAACCCUCGAUCAUCGUACCUCCUCGCUGGGAGCCAGGACGGAAUCGUCCGCUGCUUCGACAUUAUGAAUCCUGUCCGAACCCACACCGGCCAUCUCAGCUUCAGGGCAGUUCAGGCCUUCAAGUGUAAUGCCGGUGGGGUCCAAUGCAUACAAUGGUCCCCACAUGCGGAUGGGGCUUGGUCCUUUGCCUGUGGCACGGAACAGGGCGUCGUUCUGAAAUGGGACAUUCGAAAGGCGACAGCCCCGGUGCUGAGGAUUAACGCGCACGACAAGGCUUGCGCGUCCCUCGCAUGGCACCCAGACGGUGAUCAUAUCGUUAGCGGUGGUUGGGACAAUAAAUGUCAUGUUUGGGACGCAUCCACGAAAGCCGACAAGAGGCAGAAACCCAAGUGGACGAUCAGCACACCUGCACCUGUCGCCGAUGUGGCGUGGCGGCCGGGGACAUGGUCCGCUACCGCGCAGGGAAAGAGGGCCGCACAGCUCGCAGUCACCUACGAGGGGGGCAGUCAUGCUCGACACGGCAUCAAUGCAUGCCACGUCUGGGAUCUCGCUCGACCAACGAUGCCGUUCAAAGAAGUCUCGAAGUUUGACACCUCGCCCAGCGCGCUACUUUGGCAUGACCAGGAUCUACUGUGGACUGCGGGUCAAGAUGGACUUUUCAAUCAGUUCGACAUUGCCUACGCAUCAAAAGUUGUCGACCGCGCGACAAUGUCCGUGUUGGCGUUCUCGUCCCGUGGUGAUGUAGUCAGUUUUCUGGACGAGCGGCCUCAGUCACGACGGCCCCACAGGCCUGUCGUGCCCGCUGAAAUACUGCCAAGCCGCGCCUCCUACACGUCAAGCCCCACGGUCCCAAUGCUCAGCAUCAGUCGAAGUGACUCAGAGGAUGAAGUUGCUGGGAACUUCUUGGGAGCUCGCAGGACCAGACCAAAGAACAGGCGAGCGGCUACUGGCAGCCGGUCUGUUCAGUCGCUCAGCACCACACCUCCUGGAGGUCCAGAUGCACCUGUGAUGGCUCUUGAACAGUCAAUCAAGUCUUCUGGACUUUUCAAAUCUCAGCAAGCUAUGACGAUAGGUCGAGCCCCAUCCGCAGCCAAGGUCAAUGUGUACGAAUAUCUGUCAACUCACUACCUUGAGACGCUGCACGAGCUUCUGCCAUACAGACGAGAUGCCGACUCCCUAGAUAUUCGCAUCCAAGCUAUUCUGGAACAUUAUGCUAUCGCUGCAGAAAGUGUUGGUCAGUUCCGGCUAUCUCAAGUAUGGAGGGUGCUGGCAUUUGCCAUGAAACUCCUGCUGGAGCGGAGAGCACAGCAUCAUCUCGAUCGGCGCACUGGUGAACUGGAAAGGUCGAAUAAGGCCACGGCAAAACUUCUGUCGAAAUCACCUGCCGCUCUUAAGGCUCUUGAUGAUAUCCCCAAGCUUGGUCAGGUCCAAUUGGCGCAAUCUGGUUUAACCGAGCCUGAUACAGCCUUUGGAGGUGGCCUCAAACCUCCUGCGAGUGUCGAGCGCGCAAGCCAUCUUCGGUCGUUGCUGUCCGAGGAAUUUGAGAGCACAUCUCAGACAACUACACCGCUCGCUCGGCCUGUAGACAGUGGCAACGACUCAGUUGAGCAACUUCCUGAGCUCACGGAUCAUCACUUUGAGUAUGGCAAGAAGCUCACUCCCGUGCAGGAAGGCGGUAGCUUCACACUCCCUCCGCCGCUCAAACGUCCCGCACAAAGGCAGCGACUCGAUUCGGAACCUCUUUCCACGUUCAGUCAUGACAGCGACACCCAAGCAAGCACCGAAGGUUAUGAUUUCUACGACACGGACGCUAUAAGUCAGGCCAUCGACGUUCCUGGGGCGAAGAGUCAAGCUGGUCAAGAGCCUCCCUUGGGUACUCCCAGUAGCGCGAGGAGAGUCGUCGCGAGACACGACUCGGAUGAGUCUUUCGGGCAGAUGUUUUCGAUCUCGAGCGGUAGCAGACAAACCACUGGGUUGACGGCGUCAUCUUCUGGCUCCAUGCAACGUCGACCUAACAGGAUUACUGGUGCGGUGCCAUCUAACCCACAGCUGGCUCGCAGUGCUAGCACUGGCGAAUAUGAAAGCAGAAUCCGAGGUGCCAAGCUGGAAUCCACCCAUCCUCCAAAGCUACAACGCCAUGGACAUUCUACUCCAGCCAGGCCAGACGAUGUCAUUGCAACACAGUCGACAGAGGAAGAUGACCCUAUGAUUACUCAAACGACCAUGGACAGUAUCGAGUCUGGGAAGGGACAUUCGCAUCCUAGGCCUGACAGCUUUCCCCACUACACCCCUCAAACAGUUUCGCUUGGUGUGAGUCCUUUAGAUUCUUUCGAAUUCAAUCACGACCCAGAGCAGCCCCAAGAAACCGAUUACCUUCCGUGGACAGAUGAUCCACGGUAUCCACACCCUAUUGCUUGGGAAGACGAUGGCCCACUUCGUCCCAGCCCCCUCGACCCGUACAAGCUCAUAUCCCGGGCCGUCACCUUCGAGGCCACCAAGUCGGCGCUCCAUGCAUCGGCAAUGGUUCUUCUUCUCAGACCACUGGUUUACGACGUGGAUGAUGCCAUCGAUGCUUUCCAGGCUGCAGCCAUUAUCAAACAGCAACACUCUCGCCUCAUGGGGAUGAAACUUUUCGUACAGGCAGCUCUUCUCAGGAAUCUUUGCGUAAAAGGUUGGCCGGCUGGGCCACUCUUACAAUGGGGCGAGGAUUACCCCUCGGUCUUCAGACCUGCACAGUCGAACAAUAAGGCCGCCUUCUUCUGUCAAACCUGCCGCAAGCCACGGGAGGUCGACCGGCGCAAUACGGACACGCAGUCCGUCAACCAAAUCUGGCGUUGUGAACGUUGUAGCGCGGUCAUGGCCCCGUGUGCUAUUUGUCGUCAUCGCGAGGUACCAGAGGUAGCCUCCGAACCGACCGAGAUCUCACCUGAACUGAUACGCUCUGUUGCGGAUGCCCAAGAUGACGAAGUUCUCAUAUCAACUUGGUGGUACUGUAACGGCUGCGGGCACGGUGGACACGCGUCUUGCCUCGCAGGAUGGCAUUCUGAGGUUGUCGACGAGGAGUCCUCCUCAUUCAUUGAUGACAGCCCCGAAGGCUUGUACUCAGAUGGUUGCUGCCCCUUCGAUGGGUGUGGACACGCCUGCCUUCCCGGAAAGUAUAGCGCCGAGAACAACGUGGCUAGGACAGAGGAAGUAUCACGUGCUGUCAGAGAAGUCAACCGGAAUACUUCCCACACGAGCGGGACUGCAUCACCACGGUUUGGGGCAGGACGUUACAGCACGGGUGCUUUAGACGAGCUUUCCCAGCGAGGAGGAAGCCGGCGCCGUGCCGGUGACAGUAGCCUUGAGGGCAGUGUCCACGGUGACCUCAAUGAAAUUCCGCAAAGCAAAGCCGUGGAAUCCGUUCGGGAGAGUCUGGCAAGUGGGCAUGCCAGCCCCAUGGGUGGUCUUGGCAGAGCUGCGAGCGCUGUUCACAUAGGCUUGAGCAGUGAGAGGCCAAACACGUCUACGAUGAGCAUACUUAGUUCCAGUCCUGGUAGAGGUGGCAUUAUCGGUGGCGACAGAGAGCGCAGGAAGAGCGUCAAAUUUGCAGGCAGCGCUACGGUCGUCUCAGCGGAUGAUGGGACGCCAAGGAGACAAUAG